AUGCUGAAACCCAGAUUUUGGCAGUUGAUAAGGAGGAUUUCGACGACAAAACGGAGAGAGGUACGGUAGGUACAGUACCCCCUGAGAUACUGUAGUUCAAAAAAAACAAAACAAAAUUGAAAAAAAAUUAUUUUUCGCGUGAAAUUUUCACGUGACAAAAAAUCCAGCUCAGAAAAAAUCAUUUUGAAUUUUUUGAAAUACCGGAAAAUUGUGAGUUUACUGUGGGUUACUGUAUCUAGGGUACUGUAGAUUUUCAUUGGGCUACUGUAGAGGUUCUAGAACUACUGUACAGUACUUCCGAACUGCAAAAAUUAUCUCUACAGUACGCCAAGCUGUUUACAGUAGUUAAAUACUUUGCAGUCCGGGUUACUGUAGAUGUCUUCCCGAACUGCAAAUUUACAGUAACCUGAACUACAAAUAAAAUCAACUAGAUUGUAGUUUAGCGAUACAGUAACCCAGAUACAGUAUCCUAAACUGCCAAAUCAUUUUCUACAGUAACCCGAACUGCAAGAAUAUCUACUAGAUAUUAGUUCAAAGCACAGUAACCCAGAUACAUCCCCCCAAACUGCAAACCUAUCUACAGUACCCCCCCCCCCCCACCUACAGUAAUCCUUGCAGUUCGAACGAAAAACCAUCGAAACCGUCUGUCCACGCCUCCAUCAAUACCUCUUCCCACAUGUGCCAACUCCAUCCACGUCAUCAAAAAUCGAUUAUCCCGGAGAGUUACCCCAACUUAUGGCCGAUGAUAUUAUUGAGCAUUUUAGGUGAGCUAUGCCACGCGCGCAAAAAUUUGCGAUUUUUUGAGACCGAAUAUAAAUGGGGUACUGUAGGUUUUGGGGCCAAAAAAUUUGAAAAUUUCACUGUUUCAAAAUUUUUUCAUCAAAAAAAUUGACAAUUUCAAAAUGUUUUUCUGGGGAACUUCAGCGGCAAAAUCUACAGUAAUCUACAGUACUCCAAGCCAUUUCGCACCAAAAUCACCGAAUUUCAAAUUCCAGAAUUCUGGCCGACAGCCAAGUCUCAAAAUACCGUGAACUAUUGGAUUUCGCCACCACUUUCGACCUGAAUUCCGCUAAAAUUGCGCUGAAAUCAAUCGAUAAUCAAGAUUUGUGGCGAUUUGAACCCGGUUGGUAUAAAUACCCGUUCGAGGAUCCGAAAAACAGCGAGAAAAUCGAGGCGCCACUCGAUGAUGUGCUAUUUUUUGAUAUCGAAUUGGUGGUGAGAGAUGGACGGCUACCAACUUUGGCGAUUGCCUUGGGAAAAGAUGCGUGGUGAGUGACAUUUUUGCCGGGAAAAUUUGCGAUUUUUUGACACCAAACAUGCCCUGAUUUUAAUUUCAGGUACGGUUGGUGUAGUGAUCGAUUAAUCAAUGAUUCGGAUGUUCCUGAAUUUCCCACUAUAGAGCAUUUGAUUCCAAUUGGAGGUUGGUUUUAGGGAUUUUUGGGUUGAAAAAUAUCCUGAAAAAAUUCACUGUUUCAAAAUUUUUGUAUAAAUUUUUUUUAUUGGAAAUUUUCUUGAUUCAUCUCUACCCUUGGAAAACUAAUCGAAAUCGAAUUUUUCAAAUCCGAAAAUUUCCAGAAAAUUUACUGUUUCAGAAAAUUUCUAUUUAAGAAUGUGGUUGAAAAUUAUUGUUGUACAUACUGGUUUUGAACUUCCAAUAAAAUAUACAAAAUUGCCACGUGGAUUUUUUAGGGCAAAAAACCAAUUUUGGCCUAUGAAAAAAUUUACUGUUUCAGAAUUUUGAUAUCAUUUUUGGGUUUGAAAGUUUUCUUGAUUAUUGCCAACGUCUAUCUUCGGAAAACUAAUGAAAAUCUGAAUUUUUCAAAUCCGAAAACGUCCAGAAAAUUUACUGUUUCACAAUUUCUGUAUAAUUUUUUUGAUUGGAAAUUUUCUUAAUAUAAUAUCGCUCUAUUCGAAAAAUGAUCGAAACCUGAAUCUUUCAAAUCUGAAAAUUUCUAGAAAAUCCACUGUUUCAGAAAAUUUUUAUUUACGAAUGUGGUUAAAAAUUAUAUUUCUAUGUAGAUUCUGAAUAAAAAUAUGACAUUGUCACGUGGAUUUUUUGACUCCAAAAACCAAUUUUGACUUUUCAAAAAACUCACUGUUUCAAAAUUUUUAUAUAAUAUUUUUGAUUCGGAAUAUUCUUCAAUGACAGUUGUCAGCUGUAUCUUUGGAAAAUAAUCAAAAUUAAAUUUUUCAAAUUUUAAAAUUUACUGUUUCGAAAAUUGUUCAUUAAAAAAUUUGGUUUAAAAACUAUAGUUCGUCUCGGAUUUUCUUCAUAUGAAAUUUUUACGUGGAUUUUUGUGGGUCAAAAACCAAUUUUGACUACUCAAAAAAAUCACUGUUUCAAAAUUUUGAUAUAAUUUUUGGGUUUGAAAAUUUUCUUGAUUAUUGCCAACUUCUUCGGAAAACUAAUGAAAAUCUGAAUUUUUCAAAUCUGAAAAUUUCUAGAAAAUCUACUGUUUCAGAAACACAUGAUUAAAAUUCACCUUUUCCCACAAAAAUUCACCCAAAAAUUCUUCAGAAACUUCCCGCGAAAAGAUCAUAAUCGGUCACAACAUCGGUUUCGAUCGAGCUCGCUGCCAAGAAGCAUAUUCCACGCCGAAAUCCACCAAAAUCCGAUUUAUGGACACAAUGUCGAUGUCGAUUCCGAUGUUCGGAAUGGCUGAUCAUCAACAAUCGCUUUAUGAAAUGUAUGAUAUUGAGGAAAUUGAGGGAAAUGUGAGUUUUUGGGGGUACUGUAGGUUGAAAAUCGUGAAUUUUUGAUGAUUUUUAACCCAAAAUUCACGGAAUUUGGGUACUGUAGCUGGAAAAUUCAUAAUUUCAGAACGAUUGGAUGAAUGCGUGGAAGGGAAGAGUUUCGAAAAACUCACUGGUUGCUGUACACGAUCAUUUGUAUCCGGAUAAAGAAGGUUGGUUUUUUAUUCGCCACGUGGCAUUUUCUGGAGCUCUUGAGAUUUUGCGAUUUUUGACACCAAAUAAGCCUGGGUCUCAUGAAAAAUAGAAAUGUUUUUUUUUUUGAAAAUUCACUGUUUCAAAAUUUUUUUUAAAUAAAAAAGUUUGAACAGCAAUUUUGAUUAACGAAACAAAUUGAUUCGAAAAUUUUUUAACAGAAAUAUAACAAAAUGGGAAUUUCUCAUGCAAUUUCAGAAAAUUCCACGUGGCAUAGAUAUUUUGCGCCAAAAAUUAAAAUUUGAAAAGUCUACUGUUUCAGAAAUUUAAUAAAGAAAAAUCGGUCGUAAACGUUUAAUUUUCGUUGUUUACGAUAUGUUUUUUUCAAGUUUCACAAAAAGUGGUGCAAAAAGUCCACGUGGCAUUUUUUGGAGCGCCAGAAAAUUUGCGAUUUUUUGACACCAAAUAAGCCCGGGUAACAUGAAAAAAAGAAAAUUUUUUUUUGAAUUUUUGAAAAUUCACUGUUUCAAAAUUUUUGUAAAGAUUUAUAAGGUUUGAAAUUUCCGUUGAUGUUUUUAAAAUGAAAAUUUGAAAAUUCACUUUCUAAAGAAAUUUUGAUUCCACGUGGAAUAGAUAUUUUGCACAAAAAAACCUACUGCUUCAGAAAUUUCAAUGCGUUUUUUUGACACCAAAAAUUCACUGUUUCAAAUUUUUUUCAAAAACAAUUCGGCAAAAAUUAAAAUAAUGCAAGUUGGUUUUUAUUUUCCAGAAAACUUGCCCAGUUUGAUUUUUUUUUCCAAAGAAAGCCUGAAUGUCCCCAAAUAAUUCCAGUUUCGGCCGAAGGAUUCUCGAAAAAAAGCAUGCGUGCCAGUUUCGUCAAAGAUCCAAUCUCGAAAAUUCGCGAAGACUUCCAACCUCUCAUGUCAUAUUGUGCCAGGGACAAUAUUCUGAGCGCGGAAAUCUAUCUGAAACUUUGGCCCGAAUUUCGUCGACGUUUUCCGCAUCCCGCAACUUUGUAUGGAAUGUUGAAUAUGGGAAAUGUGUAUUUGCCGAUUAAUCAAUAUUGGAAACAGUUUUUUGAUGUGAGUUGAGAGGGAAAAAAAGGUCAAGAAUUAAGUUUUGAGUUUUUGACAAAGUUUUAUAUGAAAAUUUUGAAACAGUGAAAUUUUUGAAACUUCAAAAAAAAUUUUUUUUUGCGAAAAAUAAAGCUAUGACGUGGAAAAAGGUCAGGAUUACGGUAGAUUUUGGCACAAAGUAGAAGAAGAACCAAAUUCUGAAUUAAUGAUCGAAUUUGAUAUGAAAAUUUUGAAACAGUGAAGUUUUUGAAAAUUCAAAAUUUCCUAUUUUUGAUUUUUUUUCUUGAAAAAUUUCACUGUUUCAAAUUUUUUUAAUAAAAUUUUCCUCAAAAUUUCGAUUUGAUCGGGUUAGUUUUUUUAAAUCGCUUUCAACCUAUGACGUGGCAAAACUACUACUGUAAAUCAAUAUUUUUUCCAGUACAAUGCCCAACUUUGUGAGGAGAAAAAAACAGCAUCGGCCAAGAAGAUCGUGGAAGCCGCUUCGAUUUUGGCGCAAACUGAAGAAAAUUCGGAAUCGUGAGAAAAUCCAUAUUUUCAGCCAAAAUUAUCUCCAAAUUUUUUGCAGAAAAAUUGAAGAGGAUAUCUGGAUGUGGUCCCAAGAUUGGACCAUAAAAUCGAAUCAGCAAAAACCCGAAUGGUUCAAUAAAUUGUUCAAAGCUAGGAAUUUUGCGAAACUUGAGUUGGAUGAAGUUGAUUAUCAUCAUAUUGUGAGUCUUUUGGGGCUGGGGGGAAAUUUGCGAUUUUUUGAGACUGAAUAAGCUUGAAAAAAAAAUUCACUGUUUCAAAAUUUCGUUUUGAAAAUAAAUUUAGGACCCAAAAUCUAUUGGUAUCGAUACUAUCGUUCCAAAUUUUAACAAAAUAUUUGAAGUCUACAUUUUUACCCUCACAAAAUUUUCCUGAAAAAUUCACUGUUUCGAAAUUUGAGUAAACAUUUUGGAUUCAAUCCAGGAGGAAUUUCCCAAAUUUAAUUUCAGUUCAAAAAAAAAGCCUGGAAAAUAUAUGUUUCAAAUUUUUGUGAUAUAAAUUUCAGUAAAAAAUUUGGCAAUGAUAGAAUCUUUGUCUUUAUACUCACUUAUAAACAAAAUUUAUUGAUUUUCGACUUAAAAUUAAUUUCAUGAAAAAUUCACUGUUUCAAAAUUUUCUUAUAAAUUUUGAGCCACAGUCUGUACUUUAUUUUAUGUCACUUUUGCGAAUUUAAAAAUUAUAAUUUCAGUUUUCAAAAAAUUUGGAGUGAGAAAAUUUGUAUGUAAAAUAAAUUACUGUUUCAAAAUUAUGCUAUUAACUUUUUUUCAGUUUUUCAGAGUUAGUAAUCAGCAAAAAAAUCCUCUUGGAAUUCAAUUCUGAAAUUUAUUUCAGUUCAGUAUAAAAUUUUUGUGACAACUGGAAAAUAUACGUUUCAAAAUUUUAAAUUUCCACAAAAAAUUCACUGUUUCAAAAAAAUUCCAAAAUACCAAUUCCAGGCCCUCAAAAGUUCUCUAAUCCCCUCAAUCUUCGGCUUCAUCUACGGUCCUUUUCCACUCUUCAAAACGCGCUCAAAAGGCUGGGGAUUUCUGGCGCCAGGAUGCACAAAAACCAUCGAAAAGUUCUUGGGAGAAGAUCAGGAGUUCAUCGAAGUUCACACUGAUUUCACGAUGUCAAGCUCAUCAGCGAAAUUUCCGCUGAAAAAAUUCUACGAAACUGUGCAGGACAACAUCUUUGAAUUCGGCGAUUUUCCGAUUUCCGACGAGAAAAAAGGAUGGGAUUUGGAUAAAUUUGGGGCCAUCAAAUUCUACCAAUUAGAUCAUCCAAAUGGCGCCGGAAAUGUUGGAGAUCCGCUAACUAAACAUUUCCAAAAAGAUUUGAAAGAGCGUGUACUUCGACCGACUCGAUUUGUGGAGAUUUUUGAGAAAACUGUCUUGGAUUCGAUUCAGACAACGCAAUUUUGGACGAGUUAUAGUGAAAGAUAUCGAGAUGAGGUGGCGAUUUAUUAUGAGCAAAAUCAGGAGGAUGGUGAGAGAUUUUGGGUGGGGAAAUUUGAAAAAUGGUGAAUUUUGAGCCGAAAUUUCUGAAAUUUGGCUGAAAACUGAGUAUUUUUCACUAUUUUUUAAUUAAUAAUUUAAUUAAUAAAAAAUAACAGAAAGCAGAAAAUUAAUCGAAAUUUUGAAACAGUGAAAAAAUAUUGAUCAGAAAUAUUUUUUUGAAUUUUCAAAACGAAAUUUUUUGAAAUUUCAGGCUGAAAAUUAUUGAUUAUUGAUUUUCAGAUUAUUGAUUUUCAGCCUAAAAUUUCCAGAUUUUCUCUAAAUUUUCAGUCUAUUUUUGAUUUUAAAAAUAUAGGGGUUUUCAGUCAAAAAUCUAUUAUCAAAAUAAAAAAAAUUGGCAAAAAACGGAUCCCAGAAAUUCAAAUGACACUCUUCCCAAGUACGGUGUUUCUUUCAGUCGCUGCGAGACCCAUAUGUGCGUCUUUGACUUUGUUUCUCUGCCCAAUGGUGUGGUCUCGAAACGGUGUUAGUGACGCAGAGGAAUACCGUACUUGGGGAAAUUGGGAUUUGAAUUUCUGGCUUCUCUUUUUUUGCCAAAUUUUUUUACUUUGAUAAUAUAAUUUCAGUAUUUUUGAAAAAAAUUAUGCUUGGUCACAUCAAAAAACAAAAGAAAUCAAAAAAUUCAUGAAAAUUUUGAAACAGUGAAAAUAUAUUGAACAAAAUUUUUUUAAAUGAAAAAUUACUUUUUUUUUAAUUAAAAAAAAUUAUUGAUUUUUCAACGAAUUUUCAUCCAGAAAUUAUCGAUUUCCGGCCUAAAAUUUCCAGAUUUUCUCUAAAUUUUCAAUCUAUUUUUGAUUCUAAAAAUAUAGGGGUUUUCAGUCAAAAAUCUAUAAUUUCAGUAUUUUUGAAAAAAAUUAUGCUUGGUCACAUCAAAAAACAAAAGAAAUCAAAAAAAUUCAUGAAAAUUUUGAAACAGUGAAAAUAUAUUGAACAAAAUUUUUUUAAAUGAAAAAUUACUUUUUUUUUAAUUAAAAAAAAAUUAUUGAUUUUUCAACGAAUUUUCAUCCAGAAAUUAUCGAUUUCCGGCCUAAAAUUUCCAGAUUUUCUCUAAAUUUUCAAUCUAUUUUUGAUUCUAAAAAUAUAGGGGUUUUCAGUCAAAAAUCUAUAAUUUCAGUAUUUUUGAAAAAAAUUAUGCUUGGUCACAUCAAAAAACAAAAGAAAUCAAAAAAAUUCAUGAAAAUUUUGAAACAGUGAAAAAAUAUUGAUCAGAAAAUUAUUUUUUUGAAUUUUCAAAACGAAAUUUUUUGAAGUUUCAGGCUGAAAAUUAUUGAUUAUUGAUUUUCAGAUUAUUGAUUUUAAGCCAGAAAUUUCCAGAUUUUUUCUAAAUUUUCAAUCUAUUUUUGAUUCUAAAAAUAUAGGGGGUUUCAGUCAAAAAAUCAAAAAUUUCAGUAUUUUUGAAAAAAAUAUUGCUUUACAUAUAUCAAAAAACAGAAGAAAUCAAAAAAAUUCAUGAAAAUUUUGAAACAGUGAAAAAAUAUUGACCAAUACAAAUUUUUUAGAAUGAAUAUAUUUUCAGGCUGAAAUUUAUUGAUUUUUCUAGCCAUAUUUUUCGAUUUAAUUUUUUUGAUCGAACAAAUUUGCGAAUCAAAAAACAACAGAAAUCAAAAAAAAAUUCAUGAAAAUUUCGAAACAGUGAAAAAUUGACCAGAAUUUUUUAAAAUAAAAAUUGAUUUUGAGGAUUUUUAUGUUAAAUUUCAGCCUGAAGCUUCAAUUUUCAGCAUCAAAAUCCCAUUUUUCCAGCCAAAAAACUUGGAGCAAUCGCAGCAGCCGUCGUUCCAGCCGGCACAGUCUCACGACGAAGUGUUCACAAAUUAUGGGUGACACUAACCAAUCAAUCUGGUGGGCAUGUUAUUGGAACUGGAAUUAAAGCUAUGGUACAAGCAUCAAAUGGUGCGAGAUUGGUUGGAGCUGAUGUUGAUUCACAGGAGCAGGUUUGAGCCAGAAAUUUGUGAUUUUUUGAGCCUAGAUAAGCCUAGGGAAUUGAAAUUCUGAAACAGUGAAUUUUUUCCUGGGAAAUUUAGGUUUCAAAAUUUUUAUGAGGUUUUGGAUGAGAUUUUACUAAUGAUUCUGUCUUCGAAAUUUUUUAAAAAAAUAUAUUUUUUAUCAUCAGUAAACUUGAAUUCAAAACUGCCACGUCGAGUUUUCCAGCGUCAAAAAAAUUCAGUUAAUUUUAAGGUGAAUGAAAAGUCGUUAAUGAAAAUUUUUAAUUUGACAGUUUAUUUCUUGAAAUUUUGAAACAGUGAAAUUUUUUCCUGAAAAAUUUAGGUUUCAAAAUUUUCAUGAGAUUCUAGAUAAUUUUUUUCUAAUGUUCACAUCGUUGAAAUAAAUGUUAAAUAAUUAAAUUUGAAAUUUUGAAACAGUGAAUUUUUUCCAUGAAAAUUUAGGUUUCAAAAUUUUUAUGAGGUUUUAGAUGAGAUUUUUCUAAUGAUCAAAUUCUACAAUAUAUUUUGUAUAAAUUUUAAAUAAUUAAAUUUUUAUCACUAGAAAUCCAAUCAUAAUAAACAAAUUUGAUUUGAAAAUGUAUGUGAACAUUUUUCAGUGGCUCGCUGCAUUAUACGGAGAUGCUUCGGCUGAAAAACGACUAGAUUUGGCGAAUCGAGUCGCCGGCAAAACUGCAUUCUCGAAUAUGAUGUUGGCUGGAUCGAAAUCUGAUAAUACGGAUUUGCAUUCUGUGGUGGCGAAUCAGCUGAAAAUUAGUAGAAAUCAUGCGAAGGUGAGCGAGAGUUAUGGGAGGGAAAUUUACUGGUUCAAAAUUAGGUUAUCAAUUUUGAGCAAAAAUAUUUUUUAAUAAUAAAUGUUUUAGUGGAGCUGGGAAAAGACUGGAAAAAUUUGAGGAUUUUUUGACACAGUGAGUUCUUGCUAACACAAAUUUUGUAAGGAAUUCAAAUUUUUAAAGUUGAAAUCUAACAAAUGUAGCAUCUCAAAAAUUUUGAUAUUCAAAAUUUGAAACAGUGAAUUUUCUACAGAAAUUUAUCCCAAAAUUAUUUGUGAAUUUUUUGGGAUGACUUUGAGAUGAUGAAAGUUUCUCGUAAAUAGGAAAAAAGUGAAACACUAAAUUUUCAGCUUUGACGUGAAAUUCGGCCUGAAAUUCCUCAGAUUUAUGGAAAAAAUUCACUGUUUCAAAAUAAGAUUAUAUAUUUUUAGUUUGAAUUUUUUUCAAUAUUUGGAUGCUAUCUACUUUGCCGGGAAAAAACUAGAAAAAUUCAUCUCUGCAUUUUUUUACGAUGAAAUUUUUGACAUUCCAUUGAAUUCAAAUAUUCUUUAAAAAUUUGAGGAUUUUUUGAAACAGUGAAUUUGUUUUGCUAAAACAAAAUUUUGUGAGGAAUUAUAAUUUUUGAUGGUAAAACCUCGACGAAACAUCAAUUUGUGCUCAAAAAUUUCAUUAUUUAACAUUUGAAACAGUGAAUUUUCAACAGAAAUUUAUCCCAAAAUUUCGGAGUUUCAAAGCUCAACAUUUCACUGUUUCGAAAUUUUUAUCGUAGAUUUUAAUGAAUAUUUUGAAACAGUGAAUUUUUAAAUAUAUUUUUUCUAAAAAAAAAUUCGAAUUACAAAAAUUCACUGUUUCAAAAUGAGAUUAUAUAUUUUUAGUUUAAAUAUUUUUCAAUAAAAUGGAAGUUCAAUAAAACUAAAAUUUUUUGGAAUGAGAGUGUCAUUCAUGCCAUUAGAUUCAAAUAUUCUUCAAAAAAUUUGAGGAUUUUUUGAAACAGUGAAAAAAUGUUGUGAGGAAUUUUUAUUUUUGAGGUUGAAAUCCAACAAAUGUAGCAUCUCAAAAAUUUUGAUAUUUAAAAUUUGAAACAGUGAAUUUUCCAGAGUUAAAAAUCCGAAAUUUUGGGUUGAAUUCUACAGAAACUUAUCCCAAAAUUUCGGACUUUUAAUACUAAAAUAUUCACUGUUUCAAAUUUGAAUCAUAAAUUUUAAUGGAUAUUUUGAAACAGUGAAUUUUUCUCAUGAUGGUUUUUUCCUCGCAGACCCUCAACUACGCUCGUCUCUACGGUUCCGGCGAAUCGCACGCCGCCAAACAUCUGAUGCGCAUCGGCGGAAUGAAGCAAGCGGAAGCGGAAAAAACCGCCUCACAACUCUUCAAGCUCACCAAAGGCGACGUGUCGAAAUUCCAGAAAAUCGACCCAAAUUUCAACAUUUUUGUCGAUAAAUUUCUGGCGAGAAACAGGAAUUUGGAUUCGUCGAAAAUUUUGACAAUCGAUGGCGCGUUUUAUUUGCCAACUUAUACGUCGAAAUAUGCGUGGGUUGGAUUACUGUAGAUUUUGGAGCCUCUACACCAAUAUGUUUUUUUGCAGCCAAGAAACAAUUGAGUUCGAAGAUUGGAUGAUUGCCACGUAUUUUCCCGAUUCUUCAGAAAACCGCGAAAAUCUGAUUUGUGGAAUCUACGAGAAAUUGGGCGAAAAUCGAAAAUUAUUUGUGGGCGGCUACGAAUCGUCGACUUUCAAUUUUUUGGAAAUGAAAGCCGCGCAGCAGAAUUUGCGAACACCGAUUUUGGAAUGUCAAAUUGCUGGUGAGCCACUUUUGAAUGGGAAAUCUGAUAUAAAAUUUUGAACCAAAAAUAUUUGAUCUUGGAAAUUUUCAAAAUAUUUUCACUAGGGCUGAACAAUUCACGAACAAAAAAAUGUUUAAAAAUUCACGAAAAUUCAAAAAAAUGUCGAAAAACAGGUCAAAAUCAGUUUUUCGAGUUUUUCAGCCAAAAAUGAUGACAAAUCAAGAUUUUUGAAGCUUCUGGAGUGAUUUCUAAUGAAAAUUAACCUUUAGAAGUUUUUGCUGAAAUAAAAAGUUUCAAAUUUCGGAAAAAUUAAUAAAUUGAGGUGAAAUAUGGUUCUAGAAGCUUAUUUUUAUCAAAAAUCACUCCAGAAGCUUUGAAAAUCUCAUCAUUUUUGGCUGAAAAACUCGAAAAAAUAAUUAAUUUUGAUCUAUGUACAUUCGAAAAAUAUAUCUAUUUACAGUAAUCUAAAUGUUUUUUGGCGCUAGAAUAUUUCCAAAAAAUUUUCACUGUUUCAAAAAACCCAGCAAACCUUCCAGAUUCGCUCGGCAAACUUCCCGACGGCACUCCAGACGCCAAAUUUUUCGACAAAAAAUACAAGCGAUCGGUGAUGAAUUGGGUACAGUAGUAAUCCACGGUACUCUACAGUAACCCCCAGAUAUUUUUCUUCAGAUUGUUCAAUCAUCCGCCGUCGAUUUUUUGCACCUCCUUUUGGUCUCAAUGGAAUGGCUGACCAUAAAAUAUGAAAUUGAGGCGAGAUUUGUGAUUUCGAUUCAUGAUGAGGUACGGUAGUGGAUCUACAGUACCCCUACAGUAUGCCUUUUUUUAGGUACGGUAUAUGUGUCGAGAGGAAGAUGCUCCAAGAUUGGCUUUGGCUUUGCAAUUGUCAAAUUUGUUGGUUCGAGCGUAUAUUUCACAAAAAGUUGGGAUUUGUCAGCUGCCGAAUGUGAGUUUUUUAGAUUUUUCAUCAAAUUUUGAGCAGGGAAAAAUGAAAUGAAACUGAUUUUCAUCAGUUUUCUGAAAAAUUAUAGGAUUUUUCUUGAAACAGUGAAAUUUUUUGACUCAAAAAUUCGGAUUUUUCAUCGAAUUUUGGGUUGCAAAUUCACUCCAAAAACAAAAUUUCAUCAAUUUUCUGAAAAUUCUAUGAUUUUUCUGAAACAGUAAAAAUUUUCAAAUAUUUUUUGACGCUCAAAAUUUAUGACGUGGCUGUUUUUUCAGCGAAAUUUGAGCUGAAAAAUCAACAUAAAACUGAUUUUCAACAAUUUUCAGAAAAGUUAUGGGAUUUUUUUGAAACAGUGAAAUUUUCAAAGAUUUUUUGAUGCUGAAAAUUUAUGACGUGGCUAUUGUUUCAGCGAAAAGUUGAUUUUUCAUAAAUUUUUGAUGUGGAAACUAAGAUUAAACUGAUUUUCAUGAAUUUUCGAAAAAUUCUAUGAUUUUCUUGAAACAGUGAAAUUUUUCAAAUAUUUUUUGACGCUGAAAACUUAUGACGUGACAUUUUUUAGCUCGGAAAUUCAGAUUUUUCAUAAAUUUUUGAUGUGGAAAGUAAAAUAAAACUGAUUUUCAUGAAUUUUCGAAAAAUUAUAGGAUUUUUUUGAAACAGUAAAAAUUUUCAAAUAUUUUUUACACUGAAAAUUUAUGACGUGGCUAUUUUUUCAGCGAAAAUUUGGAUUUUUCAUAAAAUUUUUAGGCUGGAAAAUCAAUAUGAAACUGAUUUCCAUCAAUUUUUCGAAAAAUUAUAGGAUUUUCUUGAAACAGUGAAAUUUUUCAAAUAUUUUUUGACGCUGAAAACUUAUGACGUGACAUUUUUUAGCGCGGAAAUUCAGAUUUUUCAUAAAUUUUUGAUGUGGAAAGUAAAAUAAAACUGAUUUUCAUGAAUUUUCGAAAAAUUAUAGGGUUUUCUUGAAACAGUGAAAUUUUUUGACUCAACAAUUUGGGUUUUUCAUAAAUUGUUGAGCUACAAAAUCUACAUAGAACUGAUUUUCAUCAAUUUUUCGAAAAAUUAUAGGAUUUUCUUGAAACAGUGAAUUUUUCAAUGAUUUUUUGAUGCUGAAAAUUUAUGACGUGGCUAUUUUUUCAGCGGAAAUUUAAAUUUUCAUUGAAUUUUGGGUUAUCAAUUCGCUUCGGAAACAAAAUUUCAUCGAUUUUCUGAAAAAAAAAGUAUAGGAUUUUUUUGAAACAGUGAAAUUUUUCAAAUAUUUUUUAACGCUAAAAAUUUAUGACUUGGCUAUUUUUUCAGCGAAAAAUUAGAUUUUUCAUGAAAUUUUGUGUUAUAAAUUCGCAUUAAAAACAAAAUUUCAUCAAUUUUGUGAAAAGUUCUAUGAAAUUUUUGAGACAGUGAAUUUUUCAAAUAUUUUUUGACCCUAAAAAUGAUGACGUGGCAUUUUUUAGCGCAAAAAUUUUGAUUUUUCACGAAAUAUUUGAGCUAGAAAGUUAAAUGAAACUGAUUUUCAUGAAUUUUCGAAAAAUUAUAUGAUUUUUUUGAAACAGUAAAAAUUUUCAAAUAUUUUUUACGCUGAAAAUUUAUGACGUGGCAAUUUCUAGGCUCGCAAAACCUAAUUUCAAAAUUUCAGACCGUCGCAUUUUUCUCACAAGUCGAUUGCGAUACCGUACUCCGCAAGGAGGUGGAUACGGUAAGUAUAAAUCCGGACGGCACAAAAAUCGAUAAUGGAGUCGCGUGGACAAUUGAGGAUUUGUUGAAAUUGACAAAAAAUGGACGAUUUUUGAAGUAG